AUGUCUUUGAUUUUGUCCAUCAUUAAGAAGGCAUGGAUUGGAUUUGAAAAAUUACAUCACCUUGAAAGCGAGGAAAAUGGAUCGCUCUUUUUCAACUCCAACAUUGUGAAUUGGCAGAGGACUAAGGUAGGAUUCGUGGUUGAGGUCGUUGACGACGGCGCUGGAGUCGUGGUAGUUGUUGAUGUUGUCAUCGACGGCGUCAGCGCCGAUCAAGUCGAGUCCACCUUGGUAAAAUGGUUGAAUAAGCAGCUGAGCAAACUGUGGUCAUUCGUUGCAGAUGUAGCAGAGGUGGUGAUUAGAGAGUCUGUUGAACCACUAUUGGAAGAAUACAGACUUCCGGGAAUCACAUCAUUGAAAUUUAGCAAACUGUCUCUUGGUACUGUAGCACCCAAGAUUGAAGGUAUUUGA